GAGAUGCUGAGGGCCAGGGGUUAGUGGUGGCCAUGGCAGGGUGAGGACAGGGUUGGACUCCAGGAGCUCAAAGACCUCUUCCAACCCAAAUGAUUCUGUGGCUCUAAUGGGCCUUUGGCCUUGAGGAGUCUGUUCCCGAUGUCAGUGACACCUUUGUGCCAGGCAGAAGGCAGCUGUGAUGCCCAGGGAGCCCCACUGUGAUGUCACAGUUCUCCGUCCAUGGUGACGAGGGAAGUAGCCCUGUUCGGCAGUUUUCUGGGGCAGUUGCUUCUGGAGAGCUGCUUUCGCCUGACCAGGCAAGGACUGGGACUGAGGAGGGAGGUGUGAGCAGGUAGCCUACCUCUGCCCAGAGAUGCCAGGAAGGAGGGUACGUGCGACAAGAUGCCGAUGUCUCAACUGGAAGCCAGGGAAGGAAGUAGUGGAGCCAACCCCCUGCCAGGAGAGCAGGUUCGUCAGUGUAGAGACCCAAGUCAGCUUGCCACUAGCUCCCAGCUCGGACACUGCUCCAGAGCAGCCGGCGGCAGAGUGCCACAGAGCCCAAGAAGAUGCAGGGAUGAUCUUCAGCCUCGCCUGCACACUGGCAGUCUGCCUGUGGAACUGGCUGCAACACACACACCCCUUUGCUAGGCUGAAGACAUCCCUGGAGAACCAGAGGUUCAAGGCAGCCCUGGAAAACAGGUUCUUGGUGCUGCUCGUAGUGCUUCUGGUUGGCAUUUACUGUGGGACUCUGCUGUCAGCGUGGAGGAUGCAGGCGAAGGCAGGCACAGAGGAAGAUGACAAGGGAGCACUGGAGAAGUCUUUUCAUGUCAACAUGAUGAAUUCUCAAUGGGCUCUGAAGAACUUGGGUGCCACCAUUGACAUGAAGAGAACUUCCCCCACCUACAGGUGCGGAUGGAAGUGGGGCUACAGUCUUUUGCUGAACAGAAGGUGCACUGAGGAUGAGCCUGACACCAUCUUGCAGAUGGAUGUCUCCCAGGGCAAGCGCUGGUGUUUCCCAGGGCAUUCUGGCCACGUUGUCAUCAGGCUGCCAGCCCGAGUCCACCUGACUGCCAUCGCUGUGCAGCACAUCGUUGAGGAAGACUCUUUGUCUGUGGCUGCCAGCAGUGCUCCCAAAGGCCUGGCUGUCUAUGGAUUUGAGGCUGAAAGUGAAGAGGAAACUUGGCUCGGUUCGUUCAUCUAUGAUGUGGCAAAAGAGUCCAUUCAGCCCUUCUCUCUGAAGAACACACAGAUCUCCAGAGCUUUUUCCUCCAUCAAACUUCUUGUGAUGAGCAACUGGGGAAGCCCAAAGUACACGUGCAUUUCUCGAGUCUGGGUUCAUGGGAGGAUGGCAUAACAAGAGAGACCCGGAUAGAAGGCAGAAACUGGAAAGGUUCCAGGGUUUCAUAGAGCCCCAGUCCACCAUCUCCAGCUCUUGGGACAUAAAUUGUAGCUGCGAGAGAUAAGCAGAAAUGGACUGAAGAACAAGAGGCAAUGCCUUUAUGGCUAUUACCUAAAUGUAGGAUUAUAUUAGUGACAGAUGUCGGUUAGACAGAAUAAAAUUAUUAGUGAAGAUAAA